UCCAUAAAGCAAUCCUGUUAUCUGUAUACACGAACAUGAACAGUACAAUACGGCCUAUGUGAUGAUGAUGUGCUCCAUCUUGACACUGUGCGUCCUGGCCUGUCUAAGGCUGUGCUCGGCCUACCCGAUCACCGCAUCCUGGUUCCGUGACCGUUACACCAUCCACGACUGGAACCAUACUCUGUUGCAGUUUAAGGCUAUAGGCGGAGAUACAGUAUGGCAGAGGGCGCCACCGAUCAUCCGCAGGUCGCGAAAUGACCUGGAGCGCGACCUUAACUUCAUCUGGUGUGGAAGUACCAAUAGCAGCACCGGUGUCGCCGGGACGAGAUGUUUUGAUGAGGCAGCACAAGACCUAUCUGCUCAUGGCGUGAAAGUGGCGGCGUUUGCAACAUACCAGUACGAAGAAAACUUUAGUGAUGCCAUCAUGGUCUGUCCGAAAUUUGACAGGAAGAUAGAGAGCUCCAGGAUAUAUUAUCGUCUGGUUUUACCAACAACGCCACAAAGUGAUCCCUGUAAUAUAACAUCCGGGUCGUCAGUGGUGGUGCUCUUCACGUCAUUCGCAGGCACGGAUCCCCACGAGUUAUUGUUGGAGAGCGCAGCUGCCAACAACAUGUCGGUGUACCUCGGGCUUCCCGCCGUUCCUGCUAGCUAUGACAAGUCUGGUUUUGACGAAGAACUUAUGCCAGCUUAUUACGAAUUUACCUCACGGGUACUUCUCGACCACAAAUCGCGAUACUCACACAAGAUUGGCGGUGAAGUCGACCGCUGGACAAUUACAAGAACCCACCAUUCAGACAAAGCCAUAAAAACUGCUUUACAUAGCAGCAGAUCCGUGUUCGAUGUCAUUACAGGGUACUACUCGACAGAUGAAAGCUGUCUCGCUCAGCUUGACACCAACUCGAUCUAUCUUCAGUUGUACAGAAAUCUUGGUAAAGCUGUUCACGGUGUUGGCAAGUAUUUUGCAAUCUCCCCAUUUGUUGACUUAAACCGGUCCCAGCUUAAUGCCACAGUAGACCAACACGUGCAGGGUUUCAGGAACAUCGUUUCCACGGCGGAAGUGGACAUUGUGGCGGUGCAAGAAGGCCGCGGGGCAGGGAAGGGGUGCUACUACUGGCCCAACCAACUGGACACAGCUGUUGCAGAGGUGGAUUCGAAGCUGGAUGAGAUAAUCCACUAUCUCAGCCCAACCCUCGAACCCAACAUCACAUACCGGGAUGCAUUCACCGCCAGUAACCAGGAGCUUUUCCGGCAAUUCGGACAGAUACAAGAUGCCAGACAAAAACAGGGGCAUCAGUUCGAGUACUGGCUCAACAUUGAAGCAUUUGAGUAUCUUCGAAAUGACCCAUGUCUCCUGGUAGAUUCCAUGGCUUCUGGGAUGGGGGAACUCUUGCAGAGGACGACGAAGUCACGUAUUGACAGAGCGCUGACUGCCGCUGGAGCUACUCCGAAGAAGAUUAUAUCAUUUGCUUGGGACUCUGACUUCACGUGCACGACCCAACAGUAUAAGUAUAGUCUUGAAGCGGAAAUACGUCAGGAUUCAUCACGACCAAUCAUUGCCAACUGCUCCUUUCAUUCAAAGGCCAAUUUAUCCGUUGUCGUUAUUGGCUACAACUUGGAGGGAGAGACACAAGGCUUCGUGGUUGAGUGGACUGACAGGGAGCACAAGCGUCACAGUGACCCUGUGAAUGGCUACUACUAUGAGGUGGACUGGGGGCAGAGGCACAACAAGGUGGAUACUCUGGUGUACAUCAUGUUGUGGGACAUCCCCGACAUGAAUCAGGACCUGCCUGCCAAGGGUAUUGUCACUGUGAAGGCAAAUGGGGCAUAUCAUGACUGUGUAUUCCAAUACGACUAUUCUUAGCAACAGCAGGUUGUGUUUGGAAUGUGUCUAUAAGUCCAAAUAAAUUGAUUGCAUAUCUUGGA